AUGUCAAAGCAGUAUAAUCCUGGCCAGGUGACAUUCUUCAGCGACAAACCCAAGUCCCCCAAAGAGCUCGAGCCGCUCGAUCUCUCGUACCCAAAGCUCCAGCCGGAGCUCGACCAGCGCGUGGACAUGUUUGACUACGCCCACAACCCGCCCCAGCCCUACGACCAGUUGGCGUUUGCCGGCUUGCAAGACCCGUUGGCGCCCGUUUCCCCUGGCGGCGCCAUGGCAGGCGCGCCCGCCUACAACGCGUUUGGCAGCCCGCUCCUCAACAUGAUGCCGGUGAAGCGCGAGUGGCGCGACGACCAGCCGUCGCUGCGCGAGCUGGCCACGCCCAACGGGCCGCCCGGGAACGGCGCGCCUAAUGGCCUUGCCAAUGGCGCGCCCCACGGGCCCAAUGGCGGGCCUAAUGGCGGGCCGCAGGCAGCGGCCGCGCGCCCGCGCACCAAGUCCGCCCACAACGUGAUUGAGCAGCGGUACCGCAACAAAAUCAACGACAAGUUCACGGCGCUCCAGAACGCCGUGCCCACGCUACGAGUGCUUGCGCGCAAAAAGUCCAAGACGCGCUCGGACGACGAGGACGACGACGACGAGUACGAGUACUCGCCGGACCUCGAGGCGCACGAGGACCUUGAAGGCUUGGAGCCGGCGCGCAAGCUCAACAAGGGCACCAUUCUCACCAAGAGCGUGGAGUACAUCAAGUUUUUGGAGCGCAAGAACGACCGCAUGAAGGCCGAGCGCUACCAGUUGGUGGAGCGGGCUCGCAUGUUGGGCAUUGUGCUCGACGAGUCCAUGCUCGACCGCUACGACUAG